ACGUCAUUUGUUAUCCUAAAGACCCAACUUUUCUCUCCAGUGGAAAAUUGCUGCCAGAUUGUGUUUACAUGUGUGUGUGUGUGGGGGGGGGGUGUUUGGAGCAAAACAGGAACAGCUGGCAGUAAGAACAGGACUUCUGUUAACAGAGGAUCUUCGUCCCUUCACCAUGUCUCAACCUGGCCAGGAUGACGAACAAAAGCAGCGCCCUGAAAUGAGAGAAGAGGACUUGACCAAAGCGAAGGCAAAGCUGGGCUGUAAUGAGCCGGUGAAGAGCAAGACUUUAGAAGUGAUGGAGGAGUGUGAAAAACUGGGGAAAGCUGCUCCGUCCGUGUUCAGUGGAGCGAGGUCAGGAGCAGAGACUGUUUUCACCUCACGCUCAGCUCCACCAAUCAGGAAGUAGAUGGAAACUUCUGCAGAAGAAGAGCUUUGAUCAGCUUUGAUCAGCCAUUUAUUUUCCUGCUGUUGUGAAACCUUAACAAACCACUGUUUUUUAAUUACCUUUUUUUUUCUUUUUACAAAAUUUUCCAGCUUUGGGAAGUAAAAAAAAAAAUCAAACAAGAAAUGAUUGUUAACUACCAGUAUCCCUCAAUAUUUGUCUAAAAAUGUGUUAUUCCCUUCGUUAGAUUAAAAGAGUAAACCUAAAA